AAUGACCUUCCCGUGUCUCUCUUUCUUCCUGUCUCUCUCUUGCUGCUUCUUUUCUUUCUUUCUUUGUCUCUCUGCCUUUUCGGCUUCCUCCAUCGCCAUUUAUGUAGAGAUUCGAGCUCCUCUUCCAGAAGAAAGGAGGAGAAAAAACACUGUAUAAUUAUAAAUACAUAGAGAGAGAGAGAGAUACAGAGUUUGUGAAAAUAUAUACACAAGGAUUCGUUUUUUUUUUUUUUUUUGAAGGGAAAGAAAGAGAAGGAAGGAAAACGAUGAUGGGUUCUUAUUUUCUGGGUUGGUUGAUGGUUUUCUCUGCUUUGGUUCUUGCUUCUGCUACUCCAAAGAAUCUGCCGGUCCUGUCGUUCGAUGAAGGUUAUUCUCAGCUAUUCGGGGAAGACAAUCUGAUGCUCCUUAGAGAUGGUAAAACGGUUCAUCUCUCUCUUGACGAAAGAACAGGUGCUGGAUUUGUAUCCCAGGACCUUUACCUGCAUGGGUUCUUCAGCGCUUCGAUCAAGCUUCCGGCUGAUUACACCGCCGGAGUGGUUGUAGCCUUCUAUAUGUCGAAUGGGGAUAUAUUCGAGAGGAACCACGAUGAGAUAGAUUUUGAGUUCCUGGGGAAUAUUCGAGGGAAGGAAUGGAGGAUUCAAACGAAUAUAUACGGCAAUGGAAGCACGACCGUCGGGAGGGAAGAGAGAUACAGUUUCUGGUUCGACCCUUCCGAAGACUUCCAUCAGUACAGCAUUCUCUGGACUGAGAAUCACAUCAUAUUUUACGUUGACGAAACUCCAAUUAGAGAGAUACAGAGGACUAAAGAAAUGGGUGGAGAUUUUCCCUCCAAACCGAUGUCUCUGUAUGCAACAAUAUGGGAUGGGUCCAACUGGGCUACAAACGGGGGCAGGUACAAAGUAAAUUACAAGUAUGCCCCCUACAUUGCCGAAUUCUCCGAUUUAGUCCUCCACGGCUGCGCAGUCGACCCAAUUGAGCAGUCCCCGAAGUGCGACCAGGCUGUUCUCGAUGCCCUCUUCGCCGGGCCGUUGCCGGUGGCCGGAAUCACGUCGAAGCAGCGAGUCGAAAUGGUGAACUUCAGGAAGAAGUACAUGACAUAUUCGUACUGUUACGACCGCCUGCGGUACUCAAUUCCGCCGUCGGAGUGCGUGAUUGAUUCACGGGAAGCCGAGAGGCUUAGAGGGUUCGACCCGGUGACGUUCGGCGGAGGGCGGCGCCACCGUGGGAAGCGGCAUCAUCGGAGCCGGAUGAACGGGGAUGAGGGCAUCACAAUAUGAGUGGGAGGAGAGGGUGUAAUGUAAUUGAUGUGAUUCGAUUUGGGCUCUUUUGUCAAUUCCAUUUGGUUGGGUCUGUGUUCUUUUGUGAAUAGAGAGAGUGGAAGAUUUAUUUGAGAAUUGAGGGUGGUGGGUAGGUCAAUGGACUUUUCUUUCUUUUCUUUUAUGUUGGUAUAUAUAUAUUCAUAGCUAGUCUCCAGCGAUUUUCUAUUCUGAUAGUUUUGAAUUUUGAUUUCUGUUGUCUUCCUUCCUUACCCCCCCUGUUUAUGGUGGAUGAUUUUUGUACUUCCCACCCCACCAGCUACUUAAAUAAUAAAUAAAUAUAUGAACUAUGAAGGUGGGCAUUUAUUUUC